AUGGAUGUAUUCAAAUUAGAUUUGGAUCAGGCUCAAAUCGGUUCCAGUCUGGUGGAAAGUAGUAGUAAUAAUAAUACAAUACAUCAUAAUUUACACACAGCAACCGGCUCGGCCGGUGGUAACGGUGCCAACGAUAAUUUACAGGCGGUCGAUGAAGACGACGACGAAGUCUUACCCGAAGUUAGUUUUGAUGCAAAUUCUGAUUUUAAUUUACAUUUUUUCGAUACACCCGAAGAUUCCUCCACUCAGGGGGGUUUUAGUGAUCAGGGUUCGGUAGAGUCGGAAACGGAAGCAUAUUUGGAAUCGCCUUUAAUUGCUAAAACUGGUUUGCAAAAUCAAUUGUCUCAGCAACAACAGCAGCAACAACAACAAUCACACUCCUUGACAGCAGAUUGUCAAAAGUUUUAUCAAUCCUCCACAGCGUUGGGAUUAAAUCAAAGAACUGUUUCGCAUAGUGCUAAUACAAAUAAUAAUUUAAAUCCUGUCAUAGCUGCGACAAGUUUUCCACAAUUUGGCAAUGGUGGAGGUUCGCUAUACACCGCAAACAAUAUCCACAACUUUACACAAUCGAAUUCAUCGUCAUCCGGCUGUUCUUCAACCUCUUCAAUCGCCAGCAAUAGUAGCAGCAUUUGCGGCAGUAGUUCUAGCCUCACAAACACAAACGCAAACAACAACAACAGCAGCGGUGGAUCAAUAUCCGGAAAUAGUCGAAUUAUUGGAUCAUCAACAAUAUCCUCAUCAUCGUCAGGUUCAGCAGCAGUCUCAGUAUCAACAGCAACAACACCCUCAGCAACCUCCUGCUCUUCUACAGCCGCCGCAGCAGCAGCAUCAGCUAAUUCGACCUCAAUCUCAACGACAUCAUCAUCGUUGGGUACUGAGCAUUUUAUUGGAAACCUCAAUCAUACAACAACACAAUCAUCAACAGUUUCAUCCUCAAUAGCUUCAUUGGCGAAUGUUAAACUACCAUCAGUUGAACAUCAUCAUCGUCAACAACAACAGCAACAACAAAUACCACAAUCACCAAUACUAUUAACAACUGUUGUUUGUUGCUGUAUACAUAUGCAUAGAAAGGUGCGCAUGCGCAAUAUUGUUAUGCUGUUUGUUGCUGGUAUUCGUGUUGCACAGUAA